CCGGGUAUUAAACCGUAGUUUGAACUAUUCGCUCCGCGAAAAAACGCCUUUAUAUUUUUCUGUUCCAAAAAAUGUACCUACAUUAUAUCGAGAUUGGAUAUGUUCCGAUAUAUCAGUACUGAAUUUACUGGACGCCGUUCCGAUAUUAUUUUCAGUACACUAAUUCCAGUACUGAUAAUCGUUUUGAAUGCUCCGCCAGUGACGUCAUUAAUAUUUAGUGGACAGGGAAUAGGGACUCGUGUUAAGUCGUUUGGUGUGUCGAAUCGCGAUUUUAAAAUCACCUUCUUUCUACUGUACCUUUACAGUACGCUGUUGAAAUCGGAACGGCAAACGACAGUAGUAAAAUCCAGUACGGGCAGUUGAUAACGGAACAUAGCCGUAAAUAGAUGAGUAGUGUGAAGUGAAGUGAGGUGCAUUGUCCAUAGAAGUAUAGAAGCCACUUGGGCGGGGGUUUACAUGUAAUUUUUCUAUUUUUUGUUGAAACAGUCAUUAAUGUCAUUUCAACUGUCAUUUCCUAUCUGAGAAAUGCACAGUUUCCUAACCUGUAAAAAUUAAUUUUCAAAAAAAUUUCGUUUUAUAUUUGUCUUGUUUGUAUAUUUAUUAUUAUAUUCUAAUAGAUGUUUGUGAAUUUUACAAAGCACAAUUAACUAAUUUAUAAAAAAAAUAGUCUAUACAAAAUGGAAACGGAGGUGGGCACCAAAGAUUCCAGCAAACUUCACUUGGAAUUGGAAAAUCACACAAAACAAUUUCUGGAAGUUAUCCAGGAUUUCUAUGAGCAAGAAAGUCUGGCCAAUGUUACCUUGUCUUGUGAAGGGAAAUGCCUUAAGGCUCACAAACUUAUAUUGUCGGCGUCCAGUGAAUAUUUUGACAGUAUUUUAAAGGCCUACCAAGAUUGGGACCAUCCAAUUAUUUACUUGGAUAAUGUAAACUUCAGAGAUCUUCAAUAUGUGGUUACUUUUAUGUACCAUGGUGAACUACAUCUGCCCCAAGAACAUUUGAUUAAUAUUUUAAAUUUGGGAAAAUCGUUGCAAGUCAAAGGUUUGGGCAUUACAAAAACUACAAAUGACGUCAUUGAAGUUCAGGGUCAAGUGCCUUCUGAGACUGAAAAGGUUGAAUCACAACUUAAAAAUUUAUUAAAUGAAACCCAGAAAACCAGAUCCAUGCUCACAAUUAAGCCAGCUAAAAAACCAAAAAGACUGUGUCAUAAUUCAGGCACUAAGAGAAAACAACCAAAGAAAAUAUUAAAUAGUAAUGACGUUUCAAAAAAUUCCGGUAAUUUAAGUGACAGUACCCUAAUGUUAAACCCAUGUACAUUAGAAUUCAGACUUACUCCUCCUUCAAAUGAAAUAAAAUCUUUGCUGAAAAAAAGAUUGAGGCAACACAUUCCUACACUUAAAAAAAAAAGAUUAAGGAACAGUAGUACUCCUUUAACUUCAACAAGAAAAUCUACAUCUACGUCACAAGAAGAUAAUACCCCAAUGACAAUAAGUCCCAUACCCGAACCACCUCAAAUUAUUGAAAAUAUUGAACCAACACCAGAAGUAUUAAAUACAAAUUCUCCUUCACCAGAAUUAAGUAAAACUUGCCACGAGAAUGAUAAUGUACAAGAAAAUGUUACAAUAGAAAGUGAAUCUAGACAGGAUGAAAUCAGUUGUCCAAUAAUACCAAAUGAAACAAAUAAUGAAAAUCCCCAAAUCCCCAUAUCACCUGAUCCUGUGAAAACAAGCCCAAGGCCAGCAAAUCCCUUAGAAGAAAAUUACUCCAGGCCCACAUCACCCAAUCCUUUAAAAACAAGCCCAAGCCCAGAACCCUUUGAUGACGAAAUCCUGAUUCAUGUUCCUUUAAAAUCCAGCCCGGAAGCCAGUCCUAUACAUGAAAGUUCCGCAAUGUAUGCCCUAUUGAAUUCGAUUCCUAGACUUGACAGUCCCGACAGUGAUCUUUUCUCGUUUUUAAAAGAUGAAAAUGAUUCAAAUAAUGAUGAUGUUGAUAACCAAUCACCAGUAUGUAGUGCCUUUAUGAUGUUUUCUAGAGAUUUUCGAGAGAAUUUUAAAGUGAAACAUCCAGAGGAUUCAAAUUUGGAACUUUUAAAAAAGAUGAAGAUUGCGUGGGAAACUAUGAAUCCCGGAAUCAAAGCGUAUUAUUACAGGAAGGCAUCGAAAUCUCAAAACAAUGAACAACCUCAGUUGAGUCAAGAAUAUGAAUUGGUUGAUCAACCUCAAGAAUAUGAAUUGGAUGAACAAUCUCAAGAAUUUGAGUUGGAUGAACAACUUCCAUUAAAUGAACAAUUUUCAUUGGAUGAACAAUCUCAGCUGAUCCCGCUUCAGCCAAUCAAAGUUGAAGAUGAAAGCAUGAUUGAAGAAGUAGAGGAAUCUACAAAAAGAAAGAAUCCUUUUUUAGAGGAUCAUAAUUAUUUUAAAAAAAGAUUGAAAGAUGAAGUAAUAGUGGCCAUAAUCGACUUGAGUGAUUGAAUAUGAAUGUACUUUGUGAUAUAAACAUUAAUUUACUAUUUUUUCUAUUGAUAAGAAUUUUUUUUAUUUUUUUGCCCAAAACCAAGGUUUAUGACGUCAUCAGAGGUGCCUCAACAUAAUGCAAAUGUCUAUAAUCCACCCCAGAUGCGUUCAGUUACCCAUUACCACAGACAACCUAUUACCUUUAGAAACUUGGGUUGUUUGAUAACUUUAUGACAUUAUCUAGGGUGCCUCAAUAUAAUCCAAAUUUCCUUGAGGUACCACAAAUGACGUCAUCAAGUUACCUAUUACCAGACAACCAAUAGAAACCUUGGUCCGAAACUUCAAAAAGUUUAAAUACAGAACAAGAAAAAUCACAGUUUUGGAUUUGACUGAUUGACAUUUUUUUGUUUUGAACACUUUCAGGGCAGCACUGGAAAUGAUAUUACACUAAACAAAAUUUUAUAUAUUGCUAACAUGUAAUAGACUGAUCCACCUCCGGUGUAUCCCCUUCAAUUAGGCUGUCAAAUUGUCGAGGGGUUAAUGUGUUGCCCUAUGCCUAGGGUUUCCAUAAAGGUUAUUCGAAAUCCAGGACCUAGGAGUCAAGAAAUCCGGACUUAUGGCCGUUAAAUUUUGUAUAAGGAUGAAUUUUGUUUAUUUUUCGCAAAAAUAUAUUUUUACAGAAAUUAAUAGAUAGGUACACUUGGCCAAACAUAAAACUGGUACAGUGGCAGGAUACAAAAUUUCGAAUUUUUGGUAGGUACCUCCCAAGGAGAAUACACACUCAUCUAAGGAGUGCUCAUCGGUUUUGUUUCUGGUAAAUGCCGCCACAUUGUUGUGAAACCAUUUCCGACGUCAUCAGCUGUUUAAACAGCCUACGUCAAGGCGAGAAAUAACAUGCUGCCUACGUCACAACUGGUAUUGUUACCAAUGUUUGUUACACACACACACACACACACUUAUGAGGAUAGGCCUGUAGUAGUAGUGUGUAUCAUCCUUGGGUAUCUCCGAGUUUUCCGGACAUUGUUCCGAAUUCCGGCCGGACUUCCCCGGACACCCUAAAAACCCAAACAUGUCCGGGUAAAUCCGGACGUAUGGCAACCCUACCUAUGCCUAUUAAUGCCUUAUUCUCACUUGCACGAAAUUUGCUCUUUUUUUGACAUUGCUUCGAAACUUUGACGUUUUAUGUAUGGUAUCAAACGUCAAAUUGUCGAAGCAAUGUCAAAAAAGAGCGAAUUUCGCGUAAGUGAGAAUUAAGCUUAAGACUUUGCUCCAAAAAAUCUGGGAUCACGACAAAUAGAAUUCUACUUUCAUGACGUCAUUCGCGACCAAUUUUUCGCAUAGAGUACAAUGAUUUUUUUGAUUAACAUUUAUAGAAACUAUCCUUGAUUAUCUGGGAAAAUUCAUAUCAUCAAGAAUAUUUAAUGGAUUUUCAGAAAAAAAUCUUUUUUUUUUCUUGCUCCGAACACUUCCAAAACUAUGGUCAGAUUUCCCCCAAACCCACAACGACAAAUAGUUUCCGAAUCUACAAAAUCUGCUCAAGGUUAUUUGAUAGAGAUAGGUUGCCUGGAUAACUUUAUGACGUCAUCUAGGGUGCUUCAACAUAAUGCAAAUCUCCAUAAAACAACCUAACUUUAGAAACUUUGUUAUAAUAUAACAUUUUGUGUCACGUGAGCAGGAAAAAAAUUUCGAUUGAAUUUUUCAAUACUGUCAGCUUCUCAAUAGUUGUAUUCCUUCCAAGAAUUCAGAACAAUAGAGCUACUUGCUUCCAUUAAUGACGUCACAGCGGUGCACAACAAGGAUUUUUAUUCAAAAAAUGACAUGCAAUGUUGCCAACUCGAAGAUAUCAAAAUGCUCCUCAUUUAUAGUGAAAACGCUCACAAUAUGCUCAUAUCUUAGAGCAGGUAAAGUGCUAUCCUACGAACAUAAGGAGUAAGAACGUGCCAUUCUGCUUAUGGAACUAAAGUAAAGCCAAGUUUUUAGUAGUUGUUUGGCACUAAAAUACAGAUAAAGCAUUGAAUUGCCAAAAUACCUGGAAAAAAACGGCUUCAUUUCCCAACUUCAUGUUACUACUUCUCUUUACCUUUA